UAAGAAAAUAAGAGUCACAAGUGUAAAAAAAAAAACAUAAAAUAAAUAAAAAGUUGCCGUGGAAGAUCAAACGCCACCAAAUAAGCAACGAGUGUGGAUAAACGUGUUCUCCACCCGCCAAUCAAAUUUCAUCAAAAUCUCAAAUCUCUCAAAUCUCUCGAUUUCCACUUUUGACACAUCUCUUUAAGAUUUCCAUCCAAUCAAAAUCCCCAAUUUCGACCCAAACCGGUUUGACCCGACCCACAAUCACAUUUCCUUCGAAACGGAGAAAUUUUUUGAUUAUUCAAUCCCUGAAUCAUAUUCACAAACGAUCUCCUUUCUUCCACAUCGCACCCAUCCUUCUCUGUCUCUGCUCUAUUCCUGAUCUGGGUUUUGUAGACGAAGAGGGGGAAAAGCGAGAUUGAGAUUUGUUUUCAUGGCGGUUUCGAGUGCCUUCGUUGGUUGCCCAAAGCUCGAAACUUUAUUGAAUCACCACAAUCUGUCUUCUUCUUCUUCUUCGUCUUCUACUUCGCAGACUCCAUUGGGUCUCAGUGGUGUUCGUGCUCUUCCCAAGAACAAUAGGAACAGGCGAAUUCUGAUCCAGAGAGCUCGUUGCGAGCUUUCUUCGUCUGAUUCUCCUUCUAAUAUCUCUGCUCUCGAACAACUCAAGAACUCUGCACCUGAUAGAUAUACGAAGGAAAGAAGCAGCAUUGUGGUGAUUGGACUUAGCAUUCAUACAGCUCCAGUUGAAAUGCGUGAGAAGCUUGCUAUUCCAGAAGCUGAGUGGCCACGAGCCAUCGGCGAAUUGUGCGGUUUGAAUCAUAUUGAAGAAGCUGCUGUACUCAGUACUUGUAACCGUAUGGAGAUAUAUGUUUUAGCUCUGUCUCAGCACCGUGGAGUUAAAGAAGUAACCGAAUGGAUGUCAAAGACGAGUGGGAUUCCUGUUUCGGAGAUCUGUCAGCACCGUUUUCUUCUCUACAACAAGGACGCUACGCAGCAUAUCUUUGAAGUCUCGGCUGGUCUCGACUCUCUUGUCCUAGGAGAAGGUCAGAUCCUUGCACAGGUGAAACAAGUCGUGAAAGUUGGUCAAGGAGUGAAUGGAUUCGGGAGGAACAUCAGCGGGCUGUUCAAACACGCGAUAACCGUUGGGAAACGUGUCAGAACAGAGACAAACAUCGCUGCAGGGGCGGUUUCGGUUAGCUCAGCUGCUGUCGAGCUUGCCCUGAUGAAGCUACCUGACUCUUCACACGCAUCCGCGAGGAUGUUGAUCAUCGGUGCAGGGAAGAUGGGGAAGCUUGUGAUAAAGCAUUUGGUAGCUAAAGGUUGCACAAAGAUGGUGGUGGUCAACAGAAGCGAAGAGAGAGUUAUAGCUAUCCGCGAGGAGAUCCCUGGUGUCGAGAUUGUAUACAGGCCUCUCGAUGAGAUGCUAGCUUCUGCUGCUGAAGCUGAUGUUGUUUUCACAAGCACAGCCUCUGAGACUCCAUUGUUCUUGAAGGAGCAUGUAGAGAAUCUCCCUCCAGCUUGUCCAGAGAUUGGAGGAGUGAGGCUUUUCGUCGACAUCUCUGUUCCAAGAAACGUCGGUUCAUGUGUCAAUGAGGUCGAAACCGCAAGGGUUUACAAUGUGGACGACCUCAAGGAAGUUGUUGCUGCCAAUAAAGAAGAUAGGUUGAGGAAAGCGAUGGAAGCUCAGACGAUAAUAGCAGAGGAAUCAAACCAGUUUGAAGCAUGGAGGGAUUCGCUUGAGACGGUUCCUACGAUCAAGAAGUUGAGAGCUUAUGCAGAGAGAAUCAGAGUGGCUGAGCUAGAGAAGUGUUUGUCCAAAAUGGGAGAUGACAUCAACAAGAAAACUACAAGAGCCGUUGAUGACUUAAGCAGAGGUAUUGUGAACAGAUUCUUGCACGGUCCAAUGCAGCAUUUGAGGUGUGAUGGGAGUGACAGUAGAACGCUGAGUGAAACUCUUGAGAAUAUGCAUGCUUUGAACAGAAUGUAUGGUCUUGAGAAGGAUAUUUUGGAAGAGAAGCUUAAGGCGAUGACGGGACAACAAAAGUAAAAGAUAAGAAGAAGAAGGUGUUCAUCUCUUUUGACAGAUAAGAUUACAUCGAACUAGCUUCCAUAAACCCGAGUAAAUUGCAUAGAUCCUUAAGCUGAGUGAUCUAUAUAUGAUUCGUUUAAUUUGUGUGCAACAGACUUUUUCUUUGGCUAACAUUUCUAUGUGAGCUUUGUUGCAUACUUUUUGCAUCAUAGACUCAGAGUGUAACGGUAUUUAUCCAAGUACCGUUACACUUUUGUAAUGUAUAAACUUUGGUUCGUGCGGUAUAGAGAAAUGCUUUAUUUUCUUUAAAUAGAGUAUUUAUCUCUCUGUCUUUAGUUAAAUAGAUGAAAGCUAAAAAAAUCACAUAUGAAGAAUUGGAGAUUGAUAAUGGUAAACUGCAGGCUACAUAUGACAUGUGUUCAUGUUAUUCAAUGUUUGGUUCACUCGAUUUAAUCUCUUAUAAAUAAGAGACUAAAAGAAAAUUAAAGUUGG